GUAAAACAGAGACAGGAAAUAGGGGGUCUUUGGGUAAUGAGUUCCAGCCACUCUUGAAACAGAAAGCCAGGGAAGGCAUUACUUGAAAAUAGUUUCUGUAUGAGAGCUUAGUAAUUUUUAGCUUGUUAUUUUGCCAUUAAUAGGGAACAGUUACUGCAGGUUUAGACUACAGUGGAAGGCUCCUUUUUUCCAAGAGACCAUCUGGCAUGAUACAUCUUUUGAAGCUUUUAGAAUGAUGUUGCUGCUUGUCACUAAUUGUGAUCUGCACUGAAAAAAACAGAUGCUCUGAGGGGAGAGUCUGAAGUUUAUGCAGUUGUGUGUUGUAUAUACAUCCGUCAGCAGAGUUUGGGAUAAGCCUGAGGGACAGAGGCAGGAGAUUUAAGAAAAAUAUGAACACGGAUUCAUGCUCUUAGAGGUGGGGGCGGAAAGGGGAGACGUAGCGAUUGCAUUCUGCAAGGCGAAGCUCUAUCCUCUGUCCAAAAAGUUCCUCUUAACCCAGGAAAUAUUAUUGCUGAGAUGGGCCCAAAGCAUGGAUGGUGAGAUUGAUAUUUACAAGCACUUCACGUGGCUAAAGAGGUCUCAGGUGAAUCAUCUUUCUUCUGCUAACAAUGAAACCUAUCAAGAACGACUGGCACGAUUAGAGGGUGAUAAAGAGUCCCUCGUAUUGCAGGUGAGUGUCCUCACGGAUCAGGUGGAGGCCCAAGGAGAGAAAAUCCGGGACCUAGAAGUCUGUCUUGAGGGGCAUCAGCUGAAACUUAAUGCUACUGAAGAAAUGCUUCAACAGGAGCUGCUAAGUCGAACGUCACUAGAGACUCAGAAACUAGAUCUAAUGGCAGAAGUUUCCGACCUGAAGAUUAAGUUGGUUGGCAUGGAAAAGGAACAGAGUGAAUAUGAAGAGAAGCAGAACAAAGCUGAGUCAGUAGUGAACCUGAUCAGUGAGCUACAGGAGCAGAUGUGUAGACUACAGCUGGAAAUUAAUAGUAAAAUCCAGGAAAGAAAGUCUCAAGAUAGGAAACCUGAACUGACAGCUAAUGGUCCUCAGGCCAGCACAAGAUCAGUGGUAGAGAGCCUCACCCAGAAGAAUUGCUCUCGGUGUGAUGGUUUGCUUCAGGAACUCAAACAUCUCAAAAUUAAAGUGGAAGAGCUGGAAAAUGAAAGAACCCAGUAUGAAUGGAAAUUAAAAGCAACCAAAGCUGAAAUAGCCCAGCUCCAGGAGCAGUUAGCUCUCAAAGAUGCAGAAAUUGAACGUUUACAGAGUCAGCUCUCCAGGACCUUGGUACAUAAUGAAAUUGCAGAAAGAGAGGAACUAUAUAGGAGAAGGCUAAAAGAAAAACAUCAAGAAGUUCAACGACUGAAGAUAGGAAUGGAAUCGUUGUUAGCUGCAAAUGAAGAAAAGGACCGUCGAAUAGAGGAGUUAACAGUGCUGCUAAGCCAGUACAGAAGGGUGAAGGAGAUAAUGUUAGCAGCUCAUGGCUCUUCAGAGAGAAUUCUGUCUGGUAGCAGUGAGGAGGAAUUUGAGGCAAGUUUGAAGAAGUGGAAUCUCAUGAAUAAGCCCCAAGCAGAAUUACUCAAACCCGAGGUACUUCCAGGAGAAUUGUCACCAAUUAUGGAGUCUUUACUGCCACAAAAAACUCUGGAAAUCAGUGGAAGCAGUCCAGUUCCUUCAAAUAACUUUAUUUCUCCACAUGAGGAAUCUUUGGGAACCAAAAGUAGGGUUCCACAGAAAAAAAUGUCAAGUAGUCUAGAGGACUUGCAGAGUGAAUCCCUGGAAAAGCAUGUAGACGGGAAACCAGUAGAACCUGUUGUAGAACAAGAGAAUAAACCAUAUGUGAAGAGUAACAAAUAUCAGACCUUGCCAGGGAAGCUUCUUCGACCCACACACAACGGAGAUCACGGAACAUACAAUACUCCCACUUCCCUAAAUGUAUUUGGAAUGAAUGACAAUGAGGACAACAGUGUACUAAGCCUGAGAAUGACUGAAGAUCGCAUCAGGAGUAUUAGUGCACCAAUAUUAGGAGAGACAGAGAAUAUGGAUGGUACAAUAACUUCAGAUGAACUUUCACCCCUUUCUUCUGGAACAGAAUCGGGUCCACAGUCUCCAGAAAAUAAAAAGAGCCCAAAAGGCAUCAGGAAAAUCUGGGGAAAAAUAAGAAGAACUCAGUCAGGUAAUUUCCAUGCAGACGAUCUAGGUUUAGCUGAAUUUCGAAGAGGUGGUCUCCGUGCAACAGCUGGACCUCGAUUAUCUAGAUCAAAGGAAACUAAGGGGCAGAAGAGUGACUACAAUGCCCCCUUUGCUCAGUGGAGCACUGAAAGAGUUUGUAACUGGCUUGAGGACUUUGGUCUUGGUCAGUACGUCAUUUUUGCACGGCAGUGGGUGACUUCUGGCCACACGUUAUUAACAGCAACACCUCAGGACAUGGAAAAGGAACUAGGAAUAAAACAUCCUCUGCACAGGAAGAAAUUAGUCUUGGCCGUUAAAUCAAUAAAUACAAAACAGGAUGAUAAGUCUGCACAACUAGAUCAUAUCUGGGUGACACGAUGGCUUGAUGAUAUUGGCUUACCUCAGUACAAAGAUCAGUUUCAUGAAUCCAGAGUUGAUGGGAGAAUGUUGCAGUACUUAACUGUGAAUGACCUUCUCUUUCUGAAAGUCACCAGCCAGCUGCAUCAUCUCAGUAUUAAAUGUGCCAUUCACGUGCUGCGUGUCAACCAAUUCAACCCCCAUUGUCUACGUAGGAGGCCAGUUGAUGAGAAUAAUAUUUCACCUUCUGAAGUAGUGCAGUGGUCCAAUCACAGAGUGAUGGAAUGGCUUAGAUCAGUAGAUCUGGCAGAAUAUGCACCAAACCUUCGAGGAAGUGGAGUUCAUGGUGGCCUCAUUAUUCUUGAACCUCGCUUUAACGGUGACACACUGGCAAUGCUUCUUAACAUUCCACCUCAAAAGACCCUCCUGAGACGCCACCUGACCACUAACUUUAAUGUGUUAAUUGGGCCAGAAGCACAACAAGAAAAAAGAGAAAUAAUGGAAUCUACAGCUUACACACCUCUGACCACCACUGCUAAAGUUCGGCCAAAGAAACUUGGAUUUUCACAUUUUGGAAACCUACGAAAAAAGAAAUUUGAUGAAUCUACAGAUUACAUUUGUCCUAUGGACACAAGUCCAGGUGCAACUAAUGGUACUCAGAAGAGCUAUGGUGGAUACAAAGGACUUAAUCAACUCACUGAUAGGGAAUUGGACAAACUGGAUCAGAUGGAACAUUCAGAAGGAACAGUAAUGCAAAUAGGGGUGCUCUCUCAAGGCAUAAGCAACCUCACGGAUAUGCUAAGCCAAGAUGAAAUGCUGAAUGACAGCAGAUUUUUAACACCUACCUUUGAAGACUGGAGAUGAUGAACAUGACCAAGAACAUUGUUAUACCUCACAUGUAUCCAGAGAGCUGGCUGAUGAAAGCUGGGUGCUAUAUGCAGAAAAUAGCUUAGGCGUUUCUGCCACUGAGAAGUGUAAAAUAUAUAUGAGGUUUAUGCAGCAACACCUUACACGUAAAAAUACCCCUGUGCUCUGUGUUAGGUAUUUUUACAUGGGCAUUAAGAAAAGCUAUGCAAAAUUAUUCCUCAUCAUCCAGAGAGGGUAAAAUUGGAAAAUGAUUAAGACUAGUAAAAGAUUUCUUUACAGAUUUAGGAUGACUUUGUACAGUGGAUUUAUGCACUGUUACCUGCUAAAUUAUCUGUUUUAUAAUUUUGUACUUUUAUAAUUAACUUGCAAUGUAGCGAUAACAUAAGUAGAAUAUGCCUCUGUCACAGAAUAAGGGUCCUCUUCAUAUUAAAUGAUAGUGGCGAGGAUGAUACUUUGACAAUUCCAGUGACUUUCUAUCAUGCCAUAUGAUUCAUGGUGCAGCAGAUGCUAUCUUGGGAUCUGACAGACACUGGUGCAGACAGUUGUUCAGUGAACCAUUGCUGAAAAAGCUGGUCUGAUUUAGAGAUAGAAUUGGCUUUAGGAUUUUGAGACUCCCUAAAGAGAGGAAGAGACUUCAUCCCUCAUUCUUUCUUCCUUCCUCUGCACCUCUCCUUGUCUCUGCUUUCUCUAUCCUGAUUAUAUCAUUGGGAUGAAGAGAGAGGACAGAUCACCUUUCCCCCUUCUUGAAGCCCUAGCAGGUGGGUGUGUUCUUAGACAGGCCAGCAGAGAGCAUGCAGAUCCUUACUCUGCUCUCUCUGCAAUGAGAAAUUUGCUCACAGCAGGAAAUCCCACAAUCCCAUCUUCAGUUUGAGACUGCAAAGGAAACAGAGACCUAAAAGUUGGCUUUUCUUAGAAAAUGACUAACACAUGACACAAAGCACUUUGUGUGUUAGUGGUUGUGGAACAGGCAGAAAAUUCAUUUAACUUAAAAUGCACAUUUAAAAUACCAAAAUGGUGCAUACCACCCUCGCUACAGAUACCUCAAGGUGAGUGCAAUAGAACUUUUAGCCCAGUACAUGGUUUGCCUUAUGACUGAUGAAAGUUCCUUGUACAACUGGAACAUUUCAGUAAGCGCCGCUGAAUUUUGAGUCAAAAUGACUAGAGCUACAAAGCACAGUUUAACAUGUAGUGUGAAACUUAGCACAGAUGGUUAGAAAACCAUGAGGAAGUGAUAAACUCCAACCCCUUUGCUCUAAGACUCUUUGCUUCCUGAAUUGCAUUCAGCAUACUAUAAGCAAUGUAAAUAUAUAUAGAUUCCACAUACUGGCAUGACUGAGAUGUGGUUAGAAACAAGUUGUAAUAUUUGCAUGUGAAAUUUUUUUUUUUUAAAGACAGUUACUGCAGUUACACUUUUCCCUUAACUGUUCGCUCUUCAUUCCAGCCUCCUAUAUGUGCUUAUGUAGAGCACUAUCCUAAUGUAACUGUAGCAAACAACUCUAGCCAGUGUGACAUUCAAAGGGUCGCUAGUUAGGAAAUGCUAGGUAGUGCUGCUGCCAUUAACUGGUGUUAGUAUAGCUUAUUGCUGAGUAUAGAUUGGCCACAUCAGCUCUGCAGCUCCACAGAUUUUAGUGGCAUCGUGCUAGCAUAGCUGAGAGAGAAACUUGAGCUACAUAUCUCAGGAUGUGUUGCAAUGUAUCCAGAAGUGUUCUGCUCCAAAGGAAAUUAAAUGAUGAAAUAUAACGAGAGAUUGACUCUCCCUUGCAUUGCAUCUAAGGAAGGGCAAAUGAUGAAUGUUUUAUCAUCUCCAAUAGGACAUAAACGUAGUGGUGCAGUUCUUUUCUGGAGACCUGAUUAUCAUCCAGGUAUAGAAUCACAAAAAUAUAGGACUGGAAAGACACUUGAGAGGUCAUCUAGUCCAGUCCACUGUACUGGGGCAGGACUAAAUACCAUCCCUCACAGGUGUUUGUCGUCAUUGGAGGUUUUUAAGAACAGCUUAGACAGAUUCCACAACUUCCCCAGAUACUUUGUUCCUAUUCUUACACAACCUUACAAUUAGGAAGUUUCUCAUGUCUAACCUAAAUCUCCUUUGUUUCAGUUAAGCCCAUUGCUUCUCGACGUGUCCUCAGUGGUUAAGUUGAACAAUUUAACAACUUUUUAUGUAUUUGAAGACUUAUGUUCCUCAUCAGUCUUCUCCUGGUUUUUUUUCAAUCUUUCCUCUUAGGUCAUGUUUCCUAGACCUUUAAUUGCUUUUGUUGCUCUCCUCUGGACUUUCUCCAAUCUUUCCUGGAGUGUAGUACCCUGUACCCAGAACUGGACACAAUAAUACUCCAGUGCUAAAUAGAGAAGAAGGAAUUACUUCUCCUGUCUUGCUUAUGAGACUCCAGCUAAUACAUCCCAGAAUUGUUUGCUUUUUUUGAAACAGUAUUAUAUUGUUGACCCACAGCUAGUGAUCCACUAUAAACCCCCAGAUCCUUUUCUGCAGUAGUCCUUCGUAGCAAGUCCUUUUCCAUUUUGUUUUUGUGCAACUGAUUAUUCCUGCCUAAGAGUAGUACUUUGCACUUAUUACAUUUCAUCCUAUUUCAAACCAUUUCUUCAGGUUGUCAAUAUCAUUUUGAAUUCUAAUCCUGUCCUCCAAACCUCAACCCCUCCCAUCUUGGUAUUGUCUCCUCAAACUGGAAGUUAUACCUCCAGCUCCAGUGCAGACAUACCAAACCAGUGAGGGCUGCCCCUGGAGCUGGAGGUACCUGGCAGUCCUGCUUGCUGCAAGUAAAAGCUAGAUGUUAUGCCUGCAAGGCCUCCUUCCAUGUAAUGCUGCCUAACAACCCUUCUACCUUAAGGUUUCUCUUCAGCUGUCAGCCAGAUAGACUGACAGGGCUGUAUGGGCCUCAACAGGGGUCCCCCAGGAGUGGGGCUACAGUGUUGACUCCCCACAUACACAUUCACUACCACAGUACCAGCAGGAUAUUUUGUACUGGGCAAUUCCAAAAACAAUCUUGACUAGGUGUUGAAACAGAGAUUUUAUUUUGGAAUAUAUAUAAUGGGCUUGAAUUAAACACUGUCUGAGGGUGGGUUACUGGUUAUCUCUCAUCCCUUGUGGUUGCAAUGAGGUUUUAUUUUAUGUGUUAUGAUGCUAGACCAUGUUCGGAAAUAUUUCUCAAGGGUAUGUCAAUGCCAGACAUGCCUCUUUCAAAAGAGCUUAAAGUCUGGCUGUUUUCACUUAAGUGCUAUUCAGAAUGAGUAAGGGGUGGCCCUUAUUCAAUAGGACUAGUUAAAGAGCAAGAUAUUACUCAGAGUAAAGAUGGCCUAAUCUAGCCCUUACUGCACAAGCUUCAGAGUGUGACCCGAGUGGGGAAGUGAGACUUGAACUGUGGUCAACUGACUUCUCCUAAAGACUAGUUAACAAGUUUGUGUAUAAAUCUCUAUAAUGCUAGAAAUUAACAGCUAAUUUCCACUAUGCCCAUUGUGCAAAAUGAGCUUUAAUGUAUGGAGACAGCAGAACUGUUUGAUAAGUGAAUAGGACUUUUGAAAAUCCCAACCUCUAACAGAGAUCAGAGUUAGAUUUUUAAGUAACACUUUUGAUAAUUCUCCCUGUUUGUUUGAAUACAGGGUUAUUUUAGUGUACUCUGUGCACCUUAGAUUAAUCUGCCAGUGAAUGUGUAAUUAAAUUUAUUUGUUUUGUAUGAAUGUUGACUCAGUGUACACUUACAGAGCAGAGAAGGGUAGUUUUGCACCCUGAGAUGUUUCAAGCAGGCCAUACUGUAAGUAUUAUUAUUUUUAAAAAUCCAGUUCCAGUGUGUUGGUUUGUGGACUUAAGUGUUCUGUUAACUUAUAUUUGAAUACUAGAGUAUCUUAUUUGAUAUACAAACGCUGACCUUUGGGGCAUCAGACUGUAAUGAAUAAAUGCUGUAUGUUUGUCUAUAUUCCAGGUUGACUCUGUGUAGUAUGUUUUAGAUAUGCCUGGGCAGCUGGUCUUCGGGGAAUUUUAAAGUUUAUUCAUUCACCCCCAUUUGCUCUUCAACAGUUCAAGACAGGGUACUUGUACCAUGCCCAGAGUACUGGGUAGGGAUUUUAUAUAAAAUACAUCUCCACCCAGAGAGGCAAUGUGGCUAGAAUACUGAUGAAGUCAGAAUACCUGGGUUCUAUUCCCAUUUCUGCCAGUGACUUGCUGAAUGCUUGGGUAUUUCUAUUAACCUCGGAGUGUUUGUUUCUAUUCUAUUGUAUCUAUUCAAUGGGCAUACUCACUUUGAGAAAAAGUCUAUGGCUGGAAAAAUGCUCCAUAACAGCUAAGCGUCAUACAUAAGUGUAAAAAUCUAUUUAGUCAAUUCUUUUGCAUUUCAUAAAGGUUAUAAAUUUCACCCUCAAAA